AUGGUUUCUUGUAGUCUGCUGGAGGUCCUGCUGGAGGGCCUGGUGGAGGUCCUGGUGGAGGUCCAGGUGUUAGUCCUGGUGGAAGUCCUGGUGGAGGUCCUGCUGGAGGUCCUGCUGGAGGUCCUGGUGGAGGUCCAGGUGGUGGUCCUGGUGGAGGUCCUGGUGGAGGUCCUGCUGGAGGUCCUGGUGGAGGUCCUGCUGGAGGUCUCUGUUGGGGACCAGGUCUUACUGGGCUUUCUUCUUCUGAGGUUAGAUCUUUCCCUUUUGGCUUCAGUUUUCCAACACAUGGAGUUGUUCCAGGAGUUUGUGGUGGUGGCUCAGACCUCUCAGUCCUGGUCUCAGUCCUAG